GCUUUCACGGUCACCGACGGCUCAGGAAUCCAGUCAGUCAAGGCGACGCGUUCAGUAUCUCACCUAGUGUGCGCAUCCAAGCCGGCACCAUGACCGAACCCGAGAACUUUGACGACGAGCUCUUCGCCGAUCUCUACAACGAUGAUGAACCACCUGCCAAGCCAACGGGCGCCUCAGCCCCGGACCAGUACUCAGCUACCCAAGCUGCGGCCCCUGAAGCCAAGGAAGGGAUUGAGAAUGGCGGGCAACAGCAGGAUUACAAUGGCGGAGGGGAUGCCACCCAUAUGAAGUACGAGGACGAAGAGGAAGAGGAGGACGACGAUGAGAUCGACUUCAACUUAGGAAACGGCCCAUCCGCUGCAGUAUCACACCGCGACCAUGAUGACCAACACGAUGAAAAGCCGAGCUAUAGCGCGCCCCCUGCGGCGGCGCCCGCUACGAAGGGCCCGAAUGCCAAGGAAGAUGGGUAAGUACAGUUCAUUUAUUUGCUUGGGCAUGACACAUAUCCAUGGCGCGCGCGUACAUUUCUGGGCCUCUGGGAGGUUACCAUACGCUGUAUCGAAUCAUGACAGCAUUGCCGUGGCUGGCAUUUGCGACACUA